ACAAAAAAGACAAUAAACCUGUAAACUAAAGCAAGCCCCACAUCGACAUAACAACACCUCCUCCCUCAGUCCUCAAGCUCCAAACUAGGCACCGUCCCCUCCCUCUCAUCCAUCCCCUUCUUCAAUCUCGUCCUUUAUCACUUCACUCCACUUGCACGUUAGCACUAAUCUAUGCGUUGUCACUAUCUUACGCCUCAUAUUUUAAUCGUGCACACCCGCUCUCCUCUUCUUUCCUUCUCUGUCCUUGUCUCCUCUGUUUGUUUGCAGAGAGUAUUUCUUUCUUCUUUUCCCCUUUUCAAUAUUGCAGCUUCUUCCACACUGGUUAUUAUUCUGCUCCCUUUUUUCUUUAUUUAUUGCUAUUAUACUUACUGUACUUUCUUUUCUUUCACUUACAAACAAAUUUUAAGGUACUAGUUUUAGGUAAUGCUGCUUCAUUUUAUUUUAUUAAUUAUUGAUUUUUCUUUUCCUUUUAAAGCCUUCUUUCUUAGAUUUUUGUUCAAUUUCUUGUAUUUUAUGAGUUGGGUAUUUGGGGAUUUUAGCUAAUUUUGAUCGUACUUUCUCCAAGAUUCUCUUUUUUUUUUUCCUUCAUGGCUCCAAAUGAUGGAGUUAAUGUCAAUGAGUCUAAGAGAGUUGUACCACUGAAUACAUGGGUUCUGAUCUCACAAUUUAAGUUGGCAUACAAUAUGCUUCGACAUCCCGAUGGUUCGUUUAACCGUCACCUGGCUGAAUAUCUUGAUCGAAAAGUCGUUGCUGAUCCAAACCCGGUUCAGGGCGUUUUCUCCUUUGAUGUUGUUGUUGAUCAUUCUACUAAUCUCGUUUGUAGGGUAUAUCGUACGACCGUAGCUGAAGAAGUAGUUGUUGUGGGAGGUCAGUCCACUACUAUUAUCAACCUAGAGAAGCCUGUCGAAUCUGAUGUUAUUGUUCCAGUGAUAAUCUUCUUUCAUGGAGGGAGCUUUGCUCAUUCAUCUGCGAGUAGUGGUAUCUAUGACGUACUUUGUCGUAGGCUAGUUGGUUUUUGUAAUGCUGUUGUAGUGUCUGUAAACUAUAGGCGUGCUCCUGAAAACAGGUAUCCUUGUGCCUACGAUGACGGAUGGACUGUCGUUAAAUGGGUGAAUUCGAGGAAUUGGCUUCAAAGUAAGGACUCAAAAGUACAUAUAUACUUGGCCGGAGAUAGUUCAGGCGGUAACAUAGCUCACAAUGUUGCCGUAACAGCCAUUGAUUCUGAAAUCGAAGUUCUGGGUAAUAUUCUUCUCAAUCCUAUGUUUGGUGGGCAAGAAAGGACUAAAUCAGAACAGGGGUUAGAUGGGAAAUAUUUUGUAACUUUGCAGGACCGAGAUUGGUAUUGGAGAGCAUUUCUUCCCGAAGGAGAAAACCGAGACCAUCCAGCAUGUAAUCCAUUUGGUCCGCGUGGUCGAAGCCUUGAGGGAUUGAAGUUUCCUAAAAGUCUUGUAGUCGUAGCGGGGUUGGAUCUUAUACAAGAUUGGCAAUUGGCUUAUGUCGAGGGGCUGAAAAAAGCAGGCCAUGAUGUAAAGCUCUUGUAUUUGGAGCAAGCAACAAUUGGAUUCUACUUGUUGCCGAAUAACAAUCACUUCUUCACCGUCAUGGAUGAAAUCCGCAAAUUUGUUGGUAUCGAUCAAUCGAUAGAUCAACCAGAAAGAUAGGUAAUAAGGCAACUUGUGGACAACUAGCUCUCGAGUCUCGCCUGUGUGCAACUCACCAAGUGAUGAUUUCUGGGCUUUCGUGCGCUUGCGGCGCAGCUUAAACUUAAUUUUAUUAGUGUUUGAUAGUCAUGAGUCAUGAGAUUACCUAAUUCGGGUGGUUAUCAUUAUGUAUGAAAGUUGUAGUAUGUAGGACUUGCUAGAGUUCUUGGCAAUUCGGGGCAAUUGCUGGUCAUUUCCUUUCGCUUUUAGCCAAUUCGGUGGGUAGUAGAGCACUAGGCAGGCUGCGACGCUUCUACGGAUUGGAGCUUUUCGACUUACAGCUAAUAGUAGUAUAGGUACUUAUCAGAGGACAUGGCAACAUGUUUAUCUUAGAUACUGUAAAACCUGUAUGUGUAUACAUAUAUCUUGUAUAGAUGUAUAAUAUAUCUCAUACUAUAUUACUCCAGAAGUAUGAUGAUUUUGUGCUUUUUAUCCUUUUCUGGUUCAACGCCAUUAGAACUUUGGCUUAGUAUGAAUUAUGGUUCAAACUUUUGCUUACUAUGAAUUAUAUUCAGUUUGACUUUCUA